GCCCGAUCGCGUCUGGUAACGUUACGACCGUGAGUUCAGGGUUCAGCGCGUAAAACCGACCGUCGGACGGGGCACCAAUGGGUUUCCGCUGACCAUAGGCUGGCGGAAAACAGUAAUACCUGAUCAUCGGGUAAAGGAUAUAAAACCCGUGUUGUCUACGUAAGGGCUUCACAGCUUUUUUCGGUCUGAAAUAUGUUUAGGUACCGCGCUGGCAGAUGAACGGUUGCAAUGAGUGAUGAUUUUUCGCGUUGUUUUUGAUUACCCCUUGCGCAUCGUCGCGUCCUAGCCGUACCGUGUUAUCGGCCGACAACGAUAACAAACACCGUACACCGAUGCAGUGUAAAUGUUCGCAGUGCGCUCCCGAGGUUUAUAAAGGGUUUAUUAUCAGUACUCUUCCUCCCCGCCACGCGUCAACAUUGCGGCAUCCGUUAUCACCAAAAGUCAACAUCGCGACACGAUAACAUUAAUUUUCACCUAUUUCUACUAAUUUGUAAUUCUCGUCGUUGUUGUUGUUGUCGUCGUCGUCGUUAAGACUCGACGAACACGCCGUUGGCCGUUGCUAUGGUUUUCUGAACGACCGUUUUCGUUGCAGCGGUAACGGCGCGGAAUCAUUUGCGCACGUUGGCUCCGUCGUUCUCAUACGGGAUUUCGGUAUUUUUUUUUGUUCUCAGUCGACUCGUCCGGGGACUAUCGCCCAGCUGUCGACGAUGGUAGUAGCCAACGAGAACAGUAACGCGUACACGCCCACCGUCGUGGCGCAGAUCCGUUACCUGUUGCAGUGGUUCGGCGAGUGGAGCGAGAUGGAACGCGGCGACUUCCUGCCGGUGCUGGUGCACGGAUUCGUCACAAAAAACGGUGUCGCUAACGGGCUGCUGCCCAACGUGGACGGCCCGGGGAUGGAAGAAAGCCGUCCGCUCAGUCUGUUCAAAUGCCGCAUCAAGCUGUUCACCGAAUGGGUACAGACGUGGUCGGAUGACGACAAAGAGAGCUUCCUGACUGGCAUUCGUUCCAUGGACUCAGGUUUUGCCGAGCGCUAUGAACAAAAGGCUAGUGCCUACGUGAUCAGCAGCUCUGAACACUGCAACGGUGUCAAUGGCGAUCAGAGCCCAGAGGAAUUUCCAGAAGAAGUGAUUUAAACACGGUCGUAUCCGUUGAACAUAAACUCUCUGUGAUUCAAACAAUACUUAUAUUUUGGGCUUGGUCAUUUUUAUUCCAUUGGUUUUGAUAAUGGAUACUUACACCUUGGUCAAUUUUACAUGAGAUUAACUCUAAAGUAAAUUGUUACUAUACAAGCCCAACUAAAGUACCUACUUUUUACAUUAUUUCAACAUGUAAUGUUAUCCAAUUUAAUUUUAUCUAAAUGCUGAGAACUGCCAAAUUAUGACUAAUAGUCUGGGUAAACUUCCAAAAUUUCUCUUCUUUUAGUUACCUAUAAUAUUUUAUCAACUUUUUUUUUAUUUAAUUUUUAUUUAAUAAAUUACAUUCCCUCUGUAUACUACCUAAUUGUAUUAGUAAAUAAAAUUCUAUAUUCAUUUUUUUCUUCUAAUUAAAAUUAAAA